AUGCCAGGUGUUUGCGGUGCUUACUACGCCCACAGGCUCAAAAAUAUGCCAACUAACGGCGACCAUGACGUCCAAAACUGUUCAUUAGGGAAAUGCCAGGCCCAGAAGCAGCAACAGGAGGCCCUCCACCAGACAUCCUGCGAUCGUCAGAACUGCAAACUCCUUGGUACAGGACGGGAAAGCCUACAAAUCACCCAAUACAUCAAGGCAGGCAAAACACCUCUUCUGAGGUUCGCCAACGGGGAAAUUAACGUGCAGGCAUACGACCUACGGAAAGAAGAUGUGUCGUUCGGUGCUGUCUCCCACGGUUGGGGAGAUCGCAUUUUCGACUCUACCAAGGACUCCGGAGGGAACAACACAUGUCAAAUCAACCAGUGCCAAAUACAAAGCUUGCAGAAAAGCUUCAAUGAGCUCAUAGGGAAAUCGACUGCUAAGAACCGGAGAGAUGAGAACACCUUUUUCUGGGUUGAUUUGUUGUGUUUCCCAAAGAGGGAUUCGAUGACAGCGAAGGCAAUGGACCAACUCAAGACUGUCUUUAAAAAAGCAAAGGCAGUCAUUGUCUGGGACAGAAAUUUGCUCUCAACGCAUAAAAAGCAGCCCGAGGAUACAAUUGAGAUGAAUGUCAGGAUGCGACUCGGAGGCUGGUCACGAAGAUUGCGGACUCUUCAAGAAGCUGUCCUUGCCAAAAAAAAAAAAAAAAAAAUUUACUUCGAGUUUCAAAACCGAAAGUUCCUCAGCUUGGAUGAAAUCAACGGUGCUAGAGAAAAGGCAGAACAAGACUCGAGCGACCCCUUCCACCACAUCUGA